AUGGUCGGACCUAGAUCGAUGAGCAGGCAAUGUGCUCUGUCGCAAAGUGACCCGGAUUCUGGCCCGAAGCGACCCACCCUCCAACACCGGAAAAGCACCAAACAACUCGUCAAACAAUACGAAGAUGCAAUCCUCGAGGAACAGGCUGCUAGCUCCAAAGUCUAUUACGGCCGUGGUGGACAACAACCAGGCCUUUCGCGAGCACACUCGACCAAUUCUCGUCCUGUGCGGAAUAUUGCCGCGGGUGAACCAGCAGCGACGAAACGUUCCACUUACCACUCCGACUCCCAGUAUCCGCACUACAGGACUGGGCUGGCCUCUCCCCCAGCCAAGAAAGACAAGGAUAACCCUCUCCGUCACUCCUUCCGAAAUCUCCUCACUAUCCUCAAAAAGGGUAAACUGGGAUCGAGUUCUAAAGAUCUGGAUAAAGACAGGCCUAUCUUCCCCCCUCCCGGUCUCUCAGCUACAAAUUCUCGAGAUCAAACUGGGGGACGUAACAGGCACUCCAUCUCCAAAGAACUCCCGUUGUUGCCUCUCGCACUAAGCGAUGAUUCUCGCCCUCUCCUCUCCCGGUCGCAGACUCAGACAGGGACCCUCAUCUAUCUCACCACCUUGUCCCCUGUUGGAGGUGACGAUUCUGAUGGAAAGCGGACAGUCCACCCUGCUCCUUUGUGGACGACAUCGACGAUUACGCUAAAGGAUGCUAAAAUCACUGUUUCCUGGUUCAGUGAUACGGAUGGUGGAGGGACGACAAUGAUUCCCUGCAUUCACGAGAUCGAUCUGGUCGGGUGCUCAGACAUUCGAUCGAUUGACCUAAACGCGCUCGAUCCUGCUGCUGUUCAAGCAUUGGAUGCGUGGGGCUCUGCAGGGAAAGGCCGAGGACACGCUGGCGAAGGCGAGGACGAGGACGAACUCAAGGUGUUCGAGAUCCUUUUCGAGAGGAAGCCAAGGGAGGUGUUCGCUGUCAGGAGCGUUCGUGAAAGAGCAAAGUGGAUUAGCGCAUUCUGGGACUCUAUCCUUCCAUCUGGGGAUACCCCACACCAGACGAAGGCAGUCGAAGUUCCUGAACCCUAUCCCGACGCGUCGAUGUCCUCGAAGUCGGACGAGCUCAUGAAACCUCGCCCGCCAUCUCUAUCUACACCCGUUCCGCCUCGCAUCUCAGGCCGCACGAGUACUGACAGAUCCCUCCCUCCCCUCCCAGUCUCGCGCCAAAACUCCAGCUCGCAAUCGCGGUCAGUUCCCGCCAAACCAAACGACUCGUUUAAGCAUAUCACGAAUGAGAUCGUCAAGACGCAUAGCAACAAUAGUAUGGCAGGUAGUGUGGCUAGCAGCAAGUACAGUAGCGCCAGCUCCAUACCAGAACUUCCCACCCCGAUUCAACUCCGGGUUUCAUCGAGGUCGCAGUCGAGCAAAGGGAGGUUGAAAGUAAAGAACGGGAUGCUUUCGCCGGAUGGCGGCAGUAGUGUCUAUUCGCGAGGGAGUCCACUAUCGUCUACGUUUUCCGACUCGAGCUCUGGCACUGCGUCAACUGGUCUGGCUCGCCGACCCCCCAGUUCGAGUAUCGCAAACCUUAGUCAUCUCUCCGUGGUCAAACAAAGGGUAGCCCAGAUGGAGAGAAAAGGAAGCGAUGCGACUACACCACCUACGCCAACACAACACGGAAAUGGAAAGAGGGCGGGAGGUGGUGCCAGUGGGGUCUCACUUGGUUCUCACCAAGGCACGCGAGCUGGUUCGAUCUUCACCUCAGGCUCGGGCUUCUCCAGCAAAGUCAACAAUAGGAACAACAGCAACCUCCAACACCAAAGCUCCACCUCGGACACCGCCAAAGGCUCGAAAAGCUCGAAUUCGAACCCCUACCAGGAGAAGAAGAAGGGGGGACAGGAGCAGGCGACUAAGAAGGCAGGUACUGGUGCUACAGCUGGUGAUGCAGGAUUUGCCCCAGGGGGUGGUAAUGAAAUGCCUCCCGUCUCGGGGCUUCCUCUGCCGGAGCGAGGUCCGACAGGUAUUGAUCCUGCUGGGCUAUCAUCCAAUGCGACUCGAAUGAGGGGUGAAGAUUCCAUAGGGGAUUUGGAGGACGAGAGUCAUUCGCUUUCUCCGCACCAUGAUCCUGCACCGGUGUUAGGAGCUUACCCUGGAGCAAUCGUAUUCAAUAAAUCGACCUUGAAAGGGGACGGCGAACAUCAGCAGUAUUGUCAUAAUGAGAAAGAAACUAGAGUGGUUUCCAUGGACCCCGGAGUAUCGAAUACUCAGACGUUUGUUGGUCGGGAGGAGAAGAUGAGAAGACAGGUCGGGCUUGAUGAGCUGCAAGUGAUAGCGAGUGGAGUGCGAGAGAUCAAGCUCGUCUUGGGAGGGUUGGGUGUAACCGGGGAGGGCCAGAGUGCGAGAAUCAGGACCGGGUCCAGCGCAGAUGUCGUAUCAACAGCGGACUUGGCCGCUGGUGACGGUAAUGCCGUUGGAGAUGGACUCGGUGGAAAUGGAACUGCAGUAGGAGUAGGCGUCGUGAUAGGGGCCGCCAAUCCGACUAUAGUUAGAGGUGGAGCUCCAACCAUACACCAAAUCGCGCUCGGUCUGGAUCACCGCCUCAAUACUGCGAACGAGACAUUAUUGCAUGUCAAAGAGGCGCUGGAAAGUAUGGAGAGGCGGUUGGGGAUUGCGACCCGCAGGGAUGGAGGCUCGAGUGACCGCGACAAUUUGGAUUUUAGCCGAGGCUCCGGGAUCGACUUUGCGCAUGGCCGCGAGAGGAAGGGCGAAGGUGAUAAUGAUAAGGGUGCUAUGAAUAGAAAUCGCAGUCGGGGUGGUGGCUCUGAUGGGGCUCGAGAUGGUAGCGGGGUUGACAGAGCUGAUGGGGAUGUGGCAAAUGGUGUGGCAGAGGAAUUGGGAGCGCUAUUGCGAGACAUCAAGAUGCAGUUGGCUUCUGAGCUCCCUGUGAUUAAUAACAGGAUCUUGGAGCUCAGUAAAGAUGUAGCCGAUGCUGAAAGGAGGCAGGAGGAUCAUCGUUCUCGGUCGUCGCGAACCCAUGAUGUCACCAGCCCUGGUUCAGUUCACCAAGCUGCCCUUGAUUUGAUCCCUUUGCAGACAACUUUGGAGAAGGUUCUGGGUAUAGUUGGCACCAAUCAUGCCGAUUCUGCUGCCACCAGCCGGGAGUUGAAGCAAGAAGCAAGUCCCCUUGUCACAGGAAUUGUCUCUUUGCUGGAAGAUGAUGUCACACAUCGCGAACAGCAGGCUCUGCAACAGGUUGACAGCGUCCGCUACUUGAAUGAACUCAACAAAAUCCAAUCGCUGGCAGCGAAUAUCGAUGCACUGUGCGCCGAGCUAGGAACGCCUGUCACUUUACCUCCUGGCGUCGAUGGCGAUGGUGGUGGCAGUAUGGAUGGCACGGGAAGUGUGCAACAACAUGGAGCGCCUGGAAGCACCCAUCUUCUGAGCAACGUCCGCCAACUGGUCCUCGGGAUGAAGGCGAGGGAUCAAAAUAUGGCUUCUUUGCAGGCUUCUGUCAAUGACCUUAUCGCUGUUCUCAACUCCGAGAGUCGUCUUGAUUCCAAUGAACUGGCACGGAUGAUAGAGCUUCAGAAACGGAACCAAGAAGUGAUGCUGAGAACCUUCACAAAUGAGAUAUCCGGGGAAAUUAAAGGCGAACGGUUGCGCUUCGUAGAGGCUAUGAGAGAAGCUACAGCCAUCAACGUUCAGCAACACGUUGAACAGUUCAAAAAGGAGCUUGGUCGUGAAGUCAUGACCAUGGCAAACGAGCUGGAACGCUUGCAACGCGACAAGCAGGACGUGGAGCACCAGAUUGCCGAUCUCUUCACCUUUUAUUCCAAAAAGAAGGCGGAGACGAAGCUUCCAAACCCCUACUUGCAGCGCAACAACAGCACCGGCCCUGCGGAGGCCAAAACCACCAAAAUUACGGCGACGACCAAACCGCUGGAUAUCGAUACGUCAAGAAGGCAUAGGCAUCAAAGCCUCGACCCCAGGUAUUAUAAGGUAUCCGACACUACUGAGAGACCGCUUCCUUUCCCGAAGGAGAUGCACUGGGGGUAA